AACAAACGUCAAACUGAAUAACAUAAUAAUUUUAUGCGCAUCAAAACUUAUAUCAGUUUUGGAUUUUCAAAAUAAUAUUUUAUAAUCAGUGCAUCGUCUUAAUUUGUAUGGAAAAUAUGGAGGAAAAUAAAAAAGAAACGUUACCGGAUGCUGAGUGUCCAAUUUGUUGCAAACAUUUUCCAAAGGAUUCAAUUGAAGUGCAUGUCAAUCGUUGCAUAUUUUUGAAUUGUAGCGAAGAAACAACAAAAGACAGUACAAAUAAACGUUCCUUCAGAAUUUUUAAUGCGAAUAAAACAAAUGCCAUGGCAUCGCCACCGGGUAAUGCGAACAAGAAAGUGAAAAAUACAAAUGAUAUUAAGGAAAUACGUUCCUCGCCAUCGACCAGUUCAAUUAAAACACUCCAACCAUCAUCUACCACAAAUAUUAUAGCGGUUAACGAACCGCAGGAAGGCGAAAAGCCAACAAAUGUCGUAAAAAAGUCCAUACCGUUAGCCGAAAAGAUGCGACCAGAAACUAUUGAUGAUUACAUUGGACAGAAUCAUGUAAUGGGUAAAGAUGCAAUUUUGCGAAGGAUCUUAGAUCGAAAUGAAACGCCAAGCAUGAUUCUCUGGGGUCCACCAGGCGUUGGAAAAACUACCCUCGCUCAUGUCAUUGCCAAUCGAUGUAAACAAACACAAAACAUACGAUUUGUUAAAUUGUCAGCCACUAUGGCCGGUGUAAAUGAUAUCAAACAAGCUGUUGCAGCUGCAAAAAAUGAACAAAAAUUUGGACGAAAAACUAUUCUAUUUAUGGAUGAAAUACAUCGAUUUAAUAAACUGCAACAGGACAUAUUCUUGCCGCACGUGGAAAGUGGCGUAAUCACAUUAAUCGGAGCUACAACGGAAAAUCCGUCAUUCAGUUUAAAUUCCGCGUUGCUAAGUCGAUGUCGUGUCAUAGUUUUAGAGAAGUUGACAACAAAUAACAUCCUUGACAUUCUAAAGCGUUCGUUGAAGUUAUAUGAAGCCAUCAUACUGACCCCAGAUGCUGAAUAUCCAUCGUUUAAGGAUCUUGGAUUCAUACCAAAAGUUGGUGUUGAAGAAUCAUCAUUAAAAUGGUUGGCUGAAAUAUGUGAUGGUGAUGCUCGCAUUGCUUUGAAUAGUCUCCAAUUGGCCAUGGAGUCUCUGCAGGAAAAUAAUAACGGUGACACAAAAUUCAAUGUGAAAUUCAUGUCGCUGAAGCAAAUAAAAGAUGGCAUCAAGCGUUCCCACAUGUUGUAUGACCGUCAAGGUGAUCAACAUUACGAUAUGAUAUCAGCAUUGCACAAGUCAAUUCGAGCGUCAGACGACAAUGCAGCCUUGUAUUGGUGCACAAGAAUGAUGGUUGGCGGAGAAGAUCCAAGAUAUAUAUGUCGAAGACUUGUGCGGGCGGCCAGUGAAGACAUAGGUUUGGCCGAUCCACAAGCAGUUGGUAUUGCUCUUUCGGCAUUAGAUGCAGUUCAAUUGGUUGGGAUGCCAGAAAGUGAUUGUAUCAUUGCACAAGCUGCUGUUUACUUGGCGCGAGCACCAAAGAGUCGAGAAAUGGACAAUGCACUGGCAGCAUGCAAGCGUGACAUAAACGAAUGUAAAGGUCCACAGCCGUCGGUGCCACUACAUUUGCGAAAUGCUCCAACAAAAUUGAUGAAAGAUCUUAACUAUGGAAAGGGAUACAAUAUGCAGCACAAAGAUAUUUCAGGCUUGGAAUAUAUGCCCGAAGGAAUGGAAGAUCGUGAUUACUUCUCGUAGCAGUCGUCUACUAUCAUCGUCAUUUGACAAUUAUGAUUUGUGAUUGUGAUAUGUAGUUUGUGAUAAUUGGUCACUGAUAAGAAAUAAAAUGCGGUAUGGCAAUAGAAAAUGGCAAUCGGUGCUAUCAAU